AUGUCCAGAGUGUUCACUACCAGCCUCCGCUGCCGGUUGCCCGUCUUGCUGUUCCUCUUCCAAGGAGCCCUGCUGGGGUUUUUCAUCCUCUUCGUGACGUACGAUGAGCACACAGAUGCCGCCGCCCAGCCUGCCAACUCUGACCCAGCUGCCAACCAGCUCUACGUCAUCUUCCCCCUCUUCCAGGACAUCCAGUUGAUGUUGCUGGUGGGGCUGGGCUUGCUGUUGGCCUUCAUGAAGGGCUAUGGGGUCAGCGCCAUAUCCUACAACUUCCUGCUGGCCAACUUCGCCACGCAGUGGGCCCUGAUCGUACAAGGCUUCGUACACCACCGCCACCAUGGGAAGAUCCACCUUGGCCUCUACAACAUCCUCACUGCUGAAUUUGCGGCAGUGACCAUCCUAAUCUCAGCCGGGGCCAUCAUGGGCCGGACAAGUUCCGUCCAGCUUCUUCUCAUGGGCUUCUGCGAAAUCCCCCUCUACGUGGCCUGCGAGUGGCUAAUCGUGAGCUACUUUCGAGCUGUGGACGUGGGUGGAACCAUCACUCUCCACAUCUUUGCUUGCUAUUUUGGGUUGGGUGCCGCCAUUGCUCUGUACCGGCCAGGGCUGCAGCUGGGACAUCCAAAGGAGACUCCCUCUUACAUCUCUGAUCUUCUGUCUUUGGUGGGAACCAUGUUCCUUUGGGUGUUCUGGCCCAGUUUCGUGGCUGUCCUUGCCCAACCAGGGCACGCCCAGCACAGGGCUGUUCUCCACACGUGGAUUACUCUCAGUGCCAGUGCCUUGACCUCCUUUGCAACCUCCAGCCUCCUGGAGAAGAAGGGUAAGCUGAACAUGGCCCACCUGCAGAACGCCACGUUGGCAGGAGGAGUGGCCAUUGGUGCCGUGGCAGACAUGCUCAUUACUCCCUCCGGAGCCUUUGUCCUGGGCAUCCUUUCGUCUCUGGCCUGUAUCCUUGGCUUCAAAUACCUGACACCAUUUUUGUCCACCAGAGUCCACAUCCAGGAUCAAUGUGGCAUCCACAACCUUCAUGGCUUGCCGGGCAUCAUUGGGGCCAUGAGUGGAAUUAUGGCCAUCUUGCUAGUACCGGAUGAGGCCUAUGGACUCCAGCUUCACCAGGUCUUUCCUCCACGUGCUCCACCACUAGGAAAUAUCACCCUGGAGGCAACUUCAGUUGGGGAGAAAUUGGUAAGGGAUGCCUCCCAGCAGGCGCUCUACCAAGCUGCUGCUCUUGGUGUCUCGUUCCUCGUGUCUCUUGUGGGAGGCUACCUCGCCCAGCCACCAGACAAAUUCUGUUUUGAUGAUGCCCUUUAUUUUAAGAUCCAGGAGCCGGUGGAGACCUUGAGUGUUGAUUGGACAAGCGGAGACCUCCAGGUACCACUGAAAGACAAAGCUUGAUAGGAAGAAGGGGCAAAUGUUCACAU